AUGAUGCGUAAAAAGUAUGCCAUUGUGGGCACGGGUGGCCGCUCUGGCUUCUUUUACUCGGCUAUGGCGAAAGAUUUCAGAGACACCACCGAGCUGGUUGCUUUCUGUGAUACCAAUCAGACGAGAAUGGAUUAUGCCAACUUCAAAAUCCGGGCAAUGGGACACCCAGCUGUCCCCACAUACAAGGCCGCCGAUUUUGAUCGGAUGAUCAAAGAAACACGGCCAGACGAAGUCAUCGUCACAUCCAUCGACAGGACCCACAAUAUCUAUAUUGUCCGAGCCAUGGAGCUGGGCUGCAACGUUGUGACCGAAAAGCCCAUGACAAUCGACGCUCCGAGAUGUAAGGAGAUUGUCAAGGCCAUUGAGCGCACCGGCCGAGAGCUUCGCGUCACCUUCAACUAUCGUUAUGCACCUCAUAACACCAAAGUGUUUGAGUUGAUCUCCUCGGGAGCCAUUGGAAUGGUAAAUGCAAUUCAUUUUGAAUGGAUGUUGAACACCUCUCACGGCGCAGACUAUUUCCGCCGCUGGCAUCGAGACAAGCGAAACAGUGGAGGCCUCCUGGUUCACAAAUCCACUCACCAUUUCGACUUGGUGAAUUUCUGGCUUCAAAGCAGACCAGAAACAGUGGUUGCCAUGGGUGACUUAAGGUUUUACGGUCGGGAAAAUGCCGAGAUGAGAGGGAUGACUGGGUUUUACACUCGAGCACACGGCAGUGAGCAUGCAAAGGAUGAUCCAUUCGCCUUGCACAUGGACAGAAACCCCCAACUGAAAGCCAUGUAUUUGGAGGCGGAAAAGGAAGACGGUUAUUAUCGAGAUCAGAGUGUUUUUGGAGAUGGCAUCAGCAUCGAGGACACCAUGGGAGUUCUGGUUAGAUAUCGGUCGGGAGCAAUCCUCACUUAUUCCCUGACCGCGUAUUCACCGGUAGAGGGGUUUCGGGUGGCAUUCACCGGAACCAGAGGACGUCUUGAGCUUGAAGUUGUAGAAAGGUCUUACAUCAAUUCGGGUGAUGAGCAAAGUCUGGAGGGUGCACUCGAGACCCGUUCAAUUCUGUUGCGCCCCAUGUUCGGUAAGCCCACCGAGAUCGAUAUUCCUGCCAGUCCGGGUGGACACGGAGGAGGAGACCCUCAAUUGCUGAAGGACGUUUUUGGGACGCCGGUGGAAGACAAAUACCAUCGUGCAGCAUCUCAUGUUGAUGGUGCCCUGUCUAUUAUGACGGGUAUUGCGGCCAAUAAGUCGAUUAACACCGGCCAACCCGUCAGGGUGGAUGAUCUGAUCGACAUUCCAGGCUCUUUGUCCCCUUGGGAAUGA